GUGCCCCAGCACCCUUGAGUCUCAUUGAGAAGCUGGAACCAACCGAAAUUCAAACAGUUUCUCAAUCUCACCUUUUUCAACACCAAGUGAGAAAUCGCAAUGGAAAAGAAGCAGAAAGUUGUUGUAAUUGGGGCCGGCCCGGUUGGCUCACUCGCGGCAUUAUAUGCUGCAAACCGAGGUGACGAUGUUGAAAUCUACGAGCUUCGGAGUGAUCUCCGAGAUCCCUCAACAACACCACUUAAUUUCACCAAAUCCAUCAAUUUGGCCCUGUCGGAGCGUGGCAUCAACGCCAUGCGCCAUGCCAACCAACCAAAGCUCAUCGAACAUGUCAUGGGAGCCACCAUCCCAAUGCGCGGCCGCAUGAUCCACGGAAAGCGCGCAAACGGCGAUCUGUUUGAAGAAUCCCAAAAUUAUGACGUGUACGGGCGGUCCAUCCUCGCCGUCGACCGUGGCCGUCUCAACGAGCGGCUCCUCGACAUUUUGGAGGCGAUGCCAAACGUCACCUUUUUCUUCAACCACAAACUUACAGGGGCAGAUUUCCGGAAAAACAAAGCUUGGUUCGAAGUGCGGGACAACGGCGGUGCAAGUCAGGGGAAGCAGACCCGCGAGGUCGAGGUUGAGUUCGACCUGAUGAUUGGCGCUGAUGGCGCUCAUUCUGCUGUCAGGUACCAUAUGAUGAAGUACACACGUAUGGAUUACGAGCAAGUGUACAUCGACACCAUGUGGUGCGAGUUCCAGAUCCAGCCUAAGACAGCCGCGCCCGAUGCCGAGUUGGACUCCAAGUUUUCGAUAUCCCCCAACCACUUACACAUCUGGCCCGGAAAAGAGUUCAUGUUUAUUGCCAUUCCCAGCGAUGAUGGGUCUUUCACCUGCACCCUCUUCGCUCCCGCCUCGCUCUACGAACAUCUCGAAUCCGACCGCACCGGCUCCCUCAUCCCACCCUUCUUCGACAAGUAUUUCCCCGGCGUAACCACCCUCAUCCCGCCGGCCGAUCUGAUCGACUCCUUCCACCGCAACCCCCACCUCCCGCUCAUCAGCAUCAAGUGCAAGCCCCACCACCACGGCUCCUCAGUCGUCAUCCUCGGCGACGCGGCGCACGCCAUGGUGCCCUUCUACGGGCAGGGGAUGAACGCCGGGCUGGAGGACGUGCGCAUCCUGUUCGACAUACUCGACAAGCACGCGCGCAUGGACGAGCUGAGCGCGGGCGCGGACCGAUCGGCGUCGCGCGCGCGUGCCCUCGCCGAGUACACGGCCGUGCGGGUCCCCGACGCCCACGCCAUCAACGACCUGGCCCUGCAGAACUACGUCGAGAUGCGCGCGUCGGUGCUGUCCCCUCUCUACCGCCUGCGCAAGUUCCUCGAGGAGGCCCUGUCCAAGUAUGUGCCGUCGCUCGGCUGGCAGACCAAGUACGCCCGCGUCUCGUUCGGGAACGAGCGGUACUCGGAUGUCGUGGCCAAGAGCGAGCACCAGGGCAAGAUGUUGGUGCGCGGUUUUGUUGGCAUGGUGGGACUGCCUCUCCUGGCUGGCGGGAUGGUUUUGUUGUUGCGGUAUAGGAGGUCUGUGGAUGUGGGUUUGAGGGCGGCGUUUGGGUCGGUGGACUCGAUCGUGGAACUGAUGACGAUGAAUUAGCAAGAUUGCGGGCGUGUUUGGACAUUGGGUUGGUGUAUGGAUGCCGUAUUGCUUGUUUUAGAUGGGAAGUGUAUUACCGUAAUCUUGUAUCCGGGUCAUGAAUUGAUGCUGCUGAUUGAUUUGAGGUAUAG